GGCUAAUCAAAAUCAAAGCCCACAGAAUCCAGCCCAUAGCUUCUUGAACGACUUUCACACAUCUUUCUUCUUCACUAUAAAAGCAAGCUAGGGUUUCAUUUUCUACGCUCCACCGUAGGGUUUCUGCCGCUCUUCUUCACCGGCUUUUCAUCUACAGGGGAAAAUGACGACCAGAUUGAGGAAGAACAGGAAGAAGCGCGGUCACGUGAGCGCUGGACAUGGUCGUAUCGGAAAGCACCGUAAGCAUCCCGGAGGUCGUGGUAACGCUGGAGGUAUGCACCACCACCGGAUCCUUUUCGACAAGUACCAUCCCGGUUUCUUCGGUAAAGUUGGUAUGAGGUACUUCCACAGGCUCCGCAACAAGUUCCAUUGUCCUAUUGUCAACGUUGACAAGCUCUGGUCAAUGGUGCCACAAGACGUGAAGGAGAAGUCAUCCACAGACAAGGUUCCGGUUAUUGACGUCACACAGUUCGGUUACUUCAAGGUGUUGGGAAAGGGGACUGUUCCUGCAUCUCAGCCGAUUGUUGUUAAGGCGAAGUUGAUCUCAAAGACAGCCGAGAAGAAGAUUAAGGAAGCCGGUGGUGCUGUUGUGCUCACAGCUUAGGUCUGUUGUUUUGAUUUCAUUUGCAGAUUACUCUACUCUGUUUUGCUGAAUUUGGAUUCAGUUUAGAUUUAAGUUUUGUUUUUGAAUACUUAUAUUUGUGUUUUACUUUGCUGAGAUUUUUUGUUAUUAAUGGUAUGAACUUACAUGUUUUACUAUC